GCUGCGCAGCACCGACGAGACGUCUCGCCUGCCCCUUCGAUGCCAUUAAGUCAAAGCUGCGAUGCUUCGUUCGUGUGUCACUGCGCGACAACAACUUCCGUCGUGAGGUAGGCGACGGUUAGGUUCAAACUUGAAUGUGCUACUGACGCGUCGGUCCCGCCACGCCGCGCCUCAUUUUUCGUUUUGUCCGGCGUGCCCCGAGCGUCCGCUAUGUAGCGGGGACGGGCUUGGGGCGCUUGACACCGUAUUAACCGCGCCUGAUAAAAAAAAAAUCUUUGGAACACGCGGUUGGGAACAUUUUUUUGUUUGACGCGUCUCAAAUCCCUUUGGGGAACGCAGCUGGAGAUGCUCUAAGUUUUGAUUGAUUGCGUGGCUUCUAGAAUCAUUCAGUGUCGCUGCAAAAUGGGUCCCAUGUGCAAAACCCAGCCCAUAUUUCUCUGCAUGCAAAAGCAACCCUGUAGAGAAGUCCCCUUGAUGUACGUACCGGUACGAAGAAAUAGUCAGGCAAAGGGUACUUUUAAAGGAAAAGAUAGUCACGCGCACAAGUGACUUGAUUGACUGGAGAAGCAUAACACACUGUUAGUCACAAACAGGGGCCGGGCUGGUCACAAAUGUUCAGUUCAGUUUAGGGAGUGCAUAUAUAAUUUUGCAAAGAGUUGAGUCUAGAAAACCAAGAUAUUUCCAUAUUCUGGAAGAGAUGACAAGGUAGCCGGCCGGGACUGGGCCUACGAUUUCCUGGGCAUGCCUAAGAAAACGAGGCACGCAUCUGACGUCCUCUGUGUUCUCUACGCGCGCGGCUGUAUCCCAGAUCCAAUGGUCUAUAUAUAGUACAUAAGCUUUGUCUCCAUCUAAUCAUCCUCGUACGCCAAGCUUCGGAGCACACAGGCCGAACAAGUAGCAGAGAGCUGUAGAGGGCGAAAUGGGGCGCACCAGCAAGCCGUCCGCCCUCGUGCUGCUGUCUCUGCACGCCAUCGCCGCCGUGCUGCUACUGCUACCUUCGGGAGCUCGUGCAGGUUUGCUUCUCUUCUCUUCUCCUUCUUCCUCUUCUUCCUUUGUCACACACGUCCGUACGGCGUGCCAAAUCAAUCAAUGGUUUUGCCGGAUGGAUAUAUAUGCAGAGGGUGAGUGCGGCAAGGUGAAGUGCGGCAUGGGAAGCUGCGACGAGUCCAGCGACUACGCAUUCGGCUUCGCGUGCCAGUGCAACCCCGGGUGGAGCCGCAACCAUCUCGGCGACAUGGAAUUCCCCUUCCUCCCAUGCGUCAUACCCAACUGCACCAUCAAGUCGUCGUGCCAAAACGAGUCUCCUCCGGCUCCAUCACUGCUCCCGCCGGCAGCAAUGACAAACCUUUCAGUCUACGACCCCUGCUUGCUGCAGUACUGUGGGGGUGGCAACUGCGAGAAGACAGGCUUCACCUACCGGUGCGCCUGCCGCGACGGCUUCAAGAACUUCUUCGAUAACGAAACCUUCCCCUGCUACCGCCAGUGUUCCCUGGGAACUGACUGCUCCAGCCUCGGGAUAGGCAUACUCAACGGGUCCAACACGAGCACGUCGCCGCCAGCACCAGUGUCUUUCGCCCUCCAGAAGAGCAGUGCCCCAGGUGGUUGGGCGCCAGCAGCACACAGGCUGCCGGAGAUCAUCAUGCUGGUUGCCAUAUUCUUGGUCCACACAAUUCUGUGAAUUGUUGAUUGCUAAAUUAUAAGUGUGUGGUGUUUGAUGAUAUGGGCAUAUAUGGUCCCAAUUUUCACAUUCUAGGAUCAGUAUAAAUAAUUUUUGUGUAUGUUAUUGCAUUGAAAUAAAAGAGU